AUGAUGACGCAAAGAAAAUUUUAUGAUGAAAAUAAUCGAUCAUUGAACUAUACAAAAAUUGAUCAAUGUCAAGAUAAUAAUUGUAAUGAUAAUGAUGACUAUUAUAGACAAAUAUUACAUUUAAAUGAACAUAUUAAUUAUGAACAAGAUAUAAAAUUUAAAAUAAUAUUAACAAAUCGAUUACAUUUAAUUUUAUUUAUUUUUUUAAUUUUAACAUCUCAAUCAAAUGCUUUACCUAUUUUUCAAUCAUUACAAAGGCCAACAGAUUCUAAUCAAUAUGGAAGUUUAUCUUCUAUUCAACAAUCUCCAUUAUCGUUACCUGUUGCUAUGGUUCAAUUAAGUGAUCGUUCUUUAUAUCAUCCUCAACCAUCAUAUAAAGUCUAUCGACGUAUUUCAAAUCCCGUUCAACAACAAUUGAAAAAUAUUCCGAGUUAUUCGAAUGGUGCUGUUAUAAAGAUUUAUGAUCAAACAAAUUUUAUUCAUCAUCAUCAACAACAACAACAAUCCUCAAUGAUUGUUCAAAAUCCUAAUGAACAACAGUUAACAUUACAAUUAAAACGUGAACGACAACGUCGUGUAAUGAUUGAUAGAAUUGUUUCAAUAUUUGAUGAUGAUGGAGAUGGACAAUUAGAAAAAGAUGAAUUGUAUUCAAUGGCUUUACGUUCAAAUAUGUUUCCUAAAUUUUAUCAGUAUCUUAAACAAACAUCAUCAUAA